UAGGAAUGGAACCAAGGAGUCCUGACUCCCAGCCCCCCUGCUCUAACCACUAGACCACCUGGUCCCUCAGACAUACAGAGAAGGCCCGGGGAGGCAGUGCCUAGCAGAGGACGGGCUAAGGAGAGGGAUGGGGCCUUUGGGUAGCAAAGGAAAGUCAUGAACAAAUUCCUUCUGUCUGCUCUGCACUGCUGUCCCGGGCGUUUCCCCAGCCAGCCCUUCGCACCCGGGGCAGACCGGGACACCGGUGCCCCUCGGAGUGGCCUGCUGGGGUGGCCGUUGAGCUGAGAAGAGAGAUCACCCUGGAGGACCCUGCAGCACCACAGGCCAGGAACCAGUUUCCACCCUGCUAAUUCUACGACGCCCCGUGCUGAACCCACGGGGCCUCCCUCUACACGCUCCCUAUGGCCACCAUCCGAGAGGCAGCUGGCUGAGGCAUGGCAACUGGUCACACAGGGACCUCUCACCCUCUGCUAAGAUGCAGCUGUCUCUGGGGUGGAGACAGCAGCUGGUUACCAGCCCCUCAGCAUGCACCAUUCCAGAGCAGCUUAGGACAGGACAGGAAGGCUCCUUAGCUCUGGGAAAGUGUCCGGGAGUUUUAGCUUGGCUGUAGUCACCUACGCUGGUGUUUAGCCAGGCCGCAGGGGCUAACUCCUUGAUCUUGUGGACAGCGGCGGGGCUAGUCAGUGAACACAAGUGGCUCUGAGAGUCAGGUUUCCCCUGGAAGGCAUUGCCUCUGAGAGCAGUGCGCCUCCUAGCCCCGGGCUGGGGCCUCAGGGCCAGCACCGACCACCCCUGCUGGCCAGUCCUGGCCUGGCCCCGGAGGUCCCCAGUACACAUCCUGAGCUGACCCCACCCACCCAGCUCAGGAAAGCUGAUGAAAUCCCAGCUCCAGGUGCUCCAGCUGAAUGUCAGGAACACACCUUCUGCCAGCCUAUGCUAGCUCACUGCCGGGGCACUGGGCUCGAAGCCGGCCAGGGCCCAGCUCCCAGGCCCCGCCGGGGGGUUCCCCUUUGUGUCUCUGUGGUGGCAGGCGAGCUGUCCCCACAAGCUGGCGCUUCCUGUGUCCCUGAUACUGUUUGUGCUGGGUGGUGACUACGGCUGGGAACGGCAAACCUGGCCGCAGAGUGGGAGGGGCCCCGGCCCCACGCUGGCCCCGUGCCAGGCAUGAAAUGAGACACCUUGCACCACAGCUAUAACUUGCAGGUAACUUGGUGAGGUGUCUCCCACUCACACCUCUCGGCAUAUAAAACCCUGGUGGGGGACCAGCCUGCCCCGUCCCAGAAGAGCCUUUGGAGCAGCAAAGCCCCAGCACCUGAUGUGAAGCCAGCUCCUGGGAGUUCACCCAACGCCUUGACUCAGCUCAGCUCAUAGGAGGAGCCCGUGUCCCUCCCGCACCGCUCCCAGCAGCAUCCCACGGGAAAGCCAAGCAGGAGAGGGAGCUGAGGAACCGGAGUGCCGGAGAGACGCAGCAUGGGCCAGUGCCACUGUCACAAGAAGCGCAAGGACAGCCAGGAGCUAACUGACGUGGAGAGGGCGAUCGAGAUCGUGAUCAACAACUUCCAGCGCUACGCGGUGAAGGGGCGGAAGGAGUGCCUGACCCCCAACGAGCUCAGGGAGCUGGUGGUGCAACAGCUGCCUCACCUGUCGCAGCAUGUCUGCUCACUGGAUGAGAAGAUCGAGUGCCUUGGGGACCCGGAUGAGGCCAAGCUGGAGUUCGGCGAGUACUGGGCCAUCAUUGGGGAGGCAGCCAAAGGCUGCCGAGUGAAGAAGUAACAGGCCUGAGGGGAGACACGGACCAUGAGGCCUCAGACCAUCUGCAUGGAGAGCGAGCGAGCUAGACUGUCGGCCAUGAUGUGCAGUGAAAAUGCAGUGUUAAUUCUUCUGGGGCACGUCUCCUCUCUCCUUCCCCCAGCUCUGGAACCUCUUCAUUCUGGGCUCUCUCUCCCAUCCUCCAAGUCUAGAACCUUCUUAUUCCUGCUCUAGAACCCCCUCUGCUCACCCGAUCUAGAACCUUUUCAUUCUCCCUUACUCUGGAACCUAUAAAUGCUGGGGAGGAGGGAGGUGUUGUCCCUCCAGCUCUGGAACCUUAAAUUCAUGGACAUCAAUUCCUUUAGUGUAGAAACUUUAAGCCCUAGAUUUGAAUCUUGACAGUUUUGGAUCCUUAAAAUGUGCCAAUUUCUAGCUCUCUUGCUCUAGAACCUUUACUUUCUGGGGAGGGGGGGUU